UGCACUCAUAGCUAUAUUUGCUAAACGCUGUUUAUAGAAAUAGAAGAAGAGAGAAGCUCUGAUGUUGUAGUUACAGUUCCCUCUGUGCCACAUAGUCACACAAAACACAGGCGCUUGGAGCUGUUUAUUCAGGGGCCUAUGGCCAUGGCUAAAGACCCAUUAUCGGAGGCGGGCUUUUAUUUUGAUGAACUCAACAAGCUCAGGGUGCUGGAGCCUGAGGUCAGCCAGAAAACCUCAGAGCUAAAAGAGGAGUGUAAAGACUUUGUGGAUAAAAUAAGUCAGUUCCAGAAGAUCGUGGGAGGCCUCAUCGAGCUGGUCGAUGAGCUAGCCAAAGAGGCCGAGACGGAAAAGAUGAAGGCUAUAGGAGCCAGAAACCUGCUGAAGUCUGUAGCAAAACAGAGGGAGGCUCAACAACAGCAGCUCCAGGCUCUCAUUUCAGAGAAAAAGAUGCAGCUUGAACGAUAUCGUAUCGAGUACGAAGCCUUGUCCAAGGUGGAGUCCGAGCAGAACGAGUUCAUCGACCAGUUUAUUCUGCAGAAGUAAAGACUCGGCUGACACAGCAGUAGAAGUGUUUCCACAGUGCCUCCUACUGGUUUUCUGGAUAACAACACCACAUCAGAAAACUGUACUGCUGCUCUUCUCUGUCCGCGUCUGCUUCACACCAUUCUUUUGAUCGUAUACAUGGCCUUGUUCACACCACGCGGUUUUCAUCCGACCACAUAAACUUGUAACUCAUUUGGAUUUUACAAUUAACGCCAGUUAGUUCAUUUCUUUAUAUUUGGCUACAUACUUUAUAAUCUGCACUUUGAAUUCUGCAGUUUAGCUUUUCUCUUUUGGUUGCAUUUCAUUUGAAUUCUUUAUGGAAUUCCAAAUGUGUUAAAGAGAGGGCGUUUUUAUACUUUAUAUGGCUUUAAGGAAGUCUUUUCGUAUCCCAGGAGUUGUUCCCCUUUUCUGUGUUUUAUUUUUUAUUUUCUUUCAGUAAAUUCACAUCCAAAAUCACUACGGUCUAAUCUCCACACUGACCCCUCUGAAAACUGUGUCAUGUGAACAUGGCUUUACUUAAAUAGAAGUAGUACUAGUAGUAGUAGUAGUAGUACUCCCUUACAUAGUGAGUAGGUUUGACAUUUGAUUUUUAUCGUCGUAAGCUUGAAUAUGUGUUUGCACCAAAUAUCUCAGACCAACAUUUAAUAUGGGGGCAUUUUAUAUAUAAAGUUAUAUUAUUUAUAAUAUUUAUACAGACAACCCUAGAAUAUUUAGUUUUAUUACUUUUUAUAUGAAUCUUGAUACUGCAUGUGCUUGUAUUUAUGUCCUGCUUUUUAAUAAGGAAAAAUUGAACAUGUUCAAUUUUUUUCAAAUUCUUCUGGUACAAUCCUAACCUCAACUACUCCAGCCUCCAGGUUUUACAACGCUCUUCUUUGUCAUUUCUGCUGUGUGAUGUUUUAUUAUUUCCCCAUCACACGGCGAAGGGUAAUACUUGAAUACAUUAAGUCGCACAAGAAAAUGUACAUGUUGUACUGCUUAUUUCAAAGUUAUGCAAUUAUAUUGUGGUUCAAUAAAAUAAUUGUGUAACGAU